AUGCCUGUUUCUUGCGUUGCGUACGGAUGUUCAAACCGUUAUAAAAGCAAUUCCUUAAUUCACUUUUUUCGUUUUCCUUUAAACAAUGAGGUAACAACUAAACUGUGGACGGAUGCAAUUAAAAGGAAAAACUUUAUACCAAAUCAGUGGAGCCGUAUUUGUAGCGUGCACUUCACUGAUAAUGACUACCAAAUUCGUCCUGAUGCUAACAGACCAAUAUUAAAAGUAAAUGCCGUCCCUUCAGUUUUUCCAUCGUUUCCAGUAUAUUAUCAACAUAAACCUAAGAAACUUAGAAACCCACCUAAAAAUAGGGAUUUGCCCUCUUUUAAAGAUGAGCCUAGUACUAGUACUGAUCCAAAAAUUAGUAAUGAGAAUGCUGAUUUAGAAUUAAUUGACGAUCACAGUAUUUUACCUAAAAGUGUUGAUAGAGAAGUACAAACAUCUCAUUCUUCUUGUAAUGAACUUUUAUUGAAACAUGAAAUUAAAAUAUAA